UUUUUAUCAUAAAUAAAAGAAAUUAAAAGUAUUUAGGUUCUCAUAAUGGAAUCAAAGUCAAUUGAAAUACAGAAUAGGCUUUCUAGCUGGUUCGAGCUGCAUGACAAACUGUUAAAACUUUUAAAAUAUAAAAAUCUUGUUGGAAAUCUAAAUGACUUUAAAUGGAUUCAUGUAAAUUUAAAGUUAAAACAACUGAAUAGAAUCGAUGAAAAUUUCUUUGUUAGUGUGAGAAAUUCUUUGCAAGAGAUGGCAAAAAUUGAGUUCACGGAUGUUGAAAUAUUCACUGAAGUUUUGAGGAUAAUUAUUGAAGCAAUGUCAAUGUCCCUUAAAGUUUGUUACAUCAGUUACAGUCGAUUGGCGAAGAUCAUAAUGUGUCAGUUGAGAACAAACAAAACUAUUGUCGCUGAAUGUCACAUCGAGCAAUUUGUUGUUAUUUUGUGUGAGGAUUUCUACAUAACAACUUUGGAGUAUCACAAGAACUUAAGAGAUGCAUUCUUUAAGUUACUGACAAUUCAAUUACGGUUCUUUUCUGAACUCAUGAUAAUGUUUCCUAAUGAAUUCUGCGGUAGUUGCUUUAUGUUGGAGACACUUUUAAAAUUGAAAUGCUUUGAAAAGUCUAAACUUGUCGGUGAUGAAGUUCAAAGCAUAAUAAAAGAAUUUAAAAGAAUUCUUUGGUUGCAUCAAACUUCAUUUCAAUUUUAUAAAAACUUGUUAUGUAAAGUAACUCCGUCUUCCAUUAAUCAACAAUCACAAGUUCUUCAUGAAAUUUUAAUGGAAAUUGUCGAGGAAAUUCAUUUAAAUGAUGAAAAAUUUCUUGCUGCUUACUCACCUAAUGAAGAGGCAAAUUUCUGCUGGCAAAUCAUUCGCUUCAUGUCGGAAAACCCUGAAAUUACAUUUAUUCAUUCCACUUUGCAUGUAAAAGUUCAAGAAAUUCUAUUUAAUAGGAAAUUGAAGAGAAACUUUGAGUUUAUUGAAAAGAAAUUACUCGAAGGUUUGAUGGUUGACAACUUCUGGUUGAGUUUCACAUGCUUUUCCAUUUUCAUCAUGUUUAUUAACAACAUAAAAUCAGAAGACUUGAAAGAAGUUUAUUUUAAAUUUUUUGAAAAAGCUUCCAACAAAUCAUCAAGCAAGAUGUUCGAAGUAAAAAGCUUAAAAGAAUUUUAUAUCAAAAACAUCAUUAAAUGUCUAAAACCAAACUAUUUUCAAUGCUCCUCACCCAGAAGGUCAUUCAAUUAUCUGCCAUUAAAUGAAGCUUUUUCUCAAUUCAUGAAAGAACAAACAGCUGAAAGUUGUCACAAAAUGAUUCGAAGUAUGAAGGAAACUUGUCAACUUAGGAAAGAAAUUAUUGAAACAAUCAACAAUCUCAUUGAAAUAUCUCGUGAAUGUGAUUGGAAUUUACAUUCCGACUUGAUAAUCGCUCUUAUUGAUAGAAUCAUAAAAACGGAAAGCACAGAAACAAAAUUAAAAUUUUUAUUGAAAUUCAAUGACAGUUUGAAUGUCGUGCGAUCAAAAUCAAUGAUUCCGAUUGUAAUAAAAUUAAAAUUACUCGACUUGAUUUUCGAUUUAAUGCCUCUUUCAAAGAAUCAUCUUGGCAUAACAAAGUUAUUGACAAAAGAACUCAACGAAUUAGUUAAUGACAACGAAAAUUUUAUUAAACGAUUGACAUUUGAGAAGAUUGGAAGUAACUUUUACCUGCGUGAAGUAUCUGAAAUAUCAAAGAAUCUCAUUUACGACGAAGCUUUUCAACCUGAAAUGGAACACCAAGAAGAGUUUCAAAUUCUUAAAGAUUCAAAAAAUCUGACAAUUAAAAGUGAAAAAGUUGAAGAAAAACUCAAAAGCGUGGAAGGAAGCCACAGCCGCCACUCUAAGCAACUUGAGAAUAUUCUGAAGUAUUCAGAGAAUAUUAACUUUCAAGAACUCUCAAACAGCGACCGUCAGAUGCUCCAACAAAUUAAAAAUAACUUUGAAAAAGCAAAUGAAAACGAAAAUCUUAUGAAAGUCAAUGGUCAUCAUUAA